AUGGAUUACAACAGAUCUGAGGUUUAUGUCCAUAUCUCGAUGAGUGCUGAAAGUUUUGCUGCAGUGAAUGUGCCCCUCUCUGCUGUUGGAAUUCUUAUUAACAUGUUUUUUGUCGUCUGCAUGGUCUUUUCACCACAAGGAGCAGAACAACUGAAACCACUUCUCAAGGUUUUACUGGGAUCACUGGUUGGGUGCAACUUUGCUAUUUUUGUGUGCAGCUGUUUAAUAGUUUUCUAUGUGUUUGUCUUAUGGGAGGUGAUUUUAGAUUGGAUCACGAUAGUUGUUAUAUCUGAUCUGAUUUUGAAUGUUAUGAUGUACACCAUGAUGACCAGCGUUACCUGCUGCCAUUGGAUGAAUAUGUUUUACUUCUGUCAGAUUGUUCCUCCUCAGAAUCCUUUUCUCAUCUGGUUUAAGAAGAACAUCAGAGCCUUAAUUUACUCUGGUUUGAUCUUUAAUGCAAUCUUCCAUUUGUUUGGAAUGAGUGUAGAUGUAGCUUAUGCAGUUGUACGACUGAAUUUCUACAAUGCAGACAAUGUAUCAACUGAAAUGAAGGAUGAGAUGUGGAAUUCAGUUAUUGUCAACCGUCAGAUAAAAGUAGUGGACUACUGGACAAGGAUAUUCUGUUUCUUGCUCAGUGUUUGUGGGAUGUUGGUAUCGAGCUUUGCGACUGUUCUCUAUCUGUGGAGACACAUGAAGAACUUAGAGGAGAGUGGCAUCUCCUCUCCCCGCCUCCAGAGACAGAUAAAAAUAAUCAUUACAGGCAUUACAGUACAGGCAGUCCUUCACUUCCUCUGCUCAGAUGGGAUUUUAAUAGAUGAAAUCAUAGCUAAAUACUUCUCAAUGGCUUUUGACUGGAAUGGAUACAUCCUCUACACCUUCAUCUCGCUGUAUUCAUUUGGGACAACCAUUAACAUGGGUAUCAGUCAGUCACUGUUUCGACAGGGGGCCGUUCAUGUGUGGCACCAGACACUCAAUUUCAUAUUUCACUGAAUUAGUAAAUUAACUAUUUUUCUAAUAAUGUCUUUUGGGUGCAAAAAAAACAUAAACACAUAAACUGCUUCAGGGUUUCCGUAAUAGCAUUCCUAAUAAACAUUGGUAAGUUAGAUUUAUCAUACAACGGAAUUUAAAUUGGUUUGUUUAUUUAUGUUAAUACAACAAGAAUUAAAUAAGAACCCUACACUACUGAACUGAGGAAUGAUGAUAAAUCCAUUUCUGUGUAUCACAAAUUAUCACCUUCCUUUAUCACUGCUAAGUGGCAGCAGAAAAGAACCUGAUUAAAUUGAGAGAUGAACCUCCAUAUAGAUUUGAUCAUUUGACCAUCUCCCUCUUUGAUUCUGCUUUGACUGAAGUUAACAGUCAGGACUGACAGCAAGCCAUGACUUUUGCCAUUGGGCUCCAGAGGAAUUAUCCACAUUUCCCCACACACACAAAGGUUCUAUCUUGUGAGCUUUAAUUAAAUAUUUGCCUACAUCAAAAUAAAAUGAUUUUGAAAGAGAUUUGUGAACAAAGAACACAAUGAGACC